AUGGCCUCUUCUCCAUCUCAUUUCUUCGUACUAAUUGCCACCAUUUUCAUAUCUUCACUGUUUCAUCCCUCAACUGCUCAACUAAACUCGUCCUUUUACUCUUGCACAUGCCCCAAUGCAUACACCAUUGUCCGCAGCAUUGUUCACCAGGCCAUGGCGUCUGAUACCCGGAUCGGAGCUAGCCUAGUUCGUUUACACUUCCAUGAUUGCUUCGUCAACGGAUGUGAUGCUUCAAUUUUGCUGGACGACAGCCCGAGCAUACAGAGCGAGAAACAUGCUGCUCCUAAUUUUAAGUCCGCUCGGGGAUUCGAGGUUGUUGACCGCAUCAAGGCCGCUCUUGAAUGUUCGUGCCGCGGAGUUGUCUCCUGCGCUGACAUUCUUGCUCUGGCAUCCGAGGCAUCAGUCUCUUUGUCAGGGGGUCCUUCAUGGACUGUUCUACUGGGCAGAAGGGACAGCACAACGGCCAACCAAGCCGGAGCCAACACUUCAAUUCCUUCUCCCUCUGAAGGCUUGGCCAACAUUUCCAACAAGUUUUCUGCAGUUGGCCUCGAGAUUACCGAUCUAGUUGCCUUAUCCGGCGCUCACACCUUUGGAAAAGCUCAAUGUCGCACAUUCAGCGAGAGACUAUACAAUUUCAAGGGCACCGGCGGUCCAGAUCCGACGCUCAACGCAACAUACUUGGCUAUUCUUCGACAGAUAUGUCCAGAGGAUGGGAAUGGGGGCUUUGGUCUAGCCAACCUUGAUCCCACAAAUACACCUGACGGUCAUGACUUUGAUAAUAACUACUUUUCCAAUCUUCAAAGCCUCCGAGGCCUUCUCCAAUCCGAUCAAGAGUUAUUUUCAACACCCAAUGCUAAAAUAAUCGCAAUUGUGAACAGCUUUAGUGGUAAUCAGAGCGCCUUCUUUCAGAGCUUUGCUCAGUCCAUGGUAAAGAUGGGAAACAUUAGCCCGUUAACUGGGAAGGAUGGGGAGAUUAGGUUGAAUUGUAGAAAGGUUAAUGCAGGCUGAAUUCCAUGUGGCUGGUGACUUUUGUGAGGUGGGGGCAGCAAGUUAAAGGCCCUCC